AUGCCGGGGACGACAAACGGUACUGGCGCCCAACAGACGCCUAUACCUGUACCAGUACCUCCCGUUCUUCAGACACAAAGUCAGACGCAGCAGGUAAACUAUGUGCCGCCGACACCAGCGACAGCUUCGGGCCCAACAGGAGCUGCUGUGUCGUCGGUGCCGCUAUUGAGCAAAGCCCCUGUCGCAAGUGUCGCGCCCAUCCCCUCAAAUACACAAACACCACCAACACCAGCGCCUCCCCAAGCUCAAACUAUUUCGCGUCCAGUGGCUGUGCCAGCCGCGCAAACGCCAAUUCCUGCGCCUGUGCCGCAUGUGAGUUUGAGCCCGCCCGCAGCACCGACGCCAGCAACGCCAGCAGCGCCAAGAGGGGCAAUAGCAGCAUCACCAGCACCUGUUACAGGCCUAGAUACAACGAAUGCUAAACCAAACGCUCCUCCCCGCAAAUCCUCGCCAGAACGACCCAAAGUAGAGCCCCUAACACCUCCCCUGGGUCCUGUACAGUUUCCUCCGCCUAGGCAAAGCCAUGCCUAUCCUGGCCACCCGGAACAGCAGACUGCCAUAGCACCUCCUGCUCCGGAACCGAUAGAUUUUGGCAACAAUCCGGAUGUGUUGGCCCUGCAGUCUGCUAUUUCGAUCCUCCAGUUGCAAAGUGCCAAGUCCAAGCGGGACAUGGUUGUGCUCCAAAAAGCAAAGGAGGCCGCGCUUGCUGAUCCCGAGGCUUUCGUCAAGGAUCUCGGAGCGGGGAAGGUUCACAUGGGAGGCACGGGUCUGGCGGCAUCACUAGGGGAAGACGACGAUGACGAUGAGGACUCGUCAGAAGACGAAGCUGAAAAUGCUACGGGUGCAGUUAAGAGCGAACCUGGCGCCACGGCUGUCGACACGAAGCCCAAGCUGAAGCCGAGGCGCGAGAAGCCCGAAUCAAAGCCUUGGAGUCAGCUUCCCAACAAGCAGAAUGUGGUACGCAUGCCACCGAUCAACUGGAGUCAGUACGCCGUUGUGGGAGAGUCGUUGGACAGACUGCAUAGGGAGCAGGUAUCGCGCCCCUCACAAGGCACCCCGGCAACGAUUAGUGCAGACGGCAUGUUUGUCUUCCAAGGCGCAGGUCGACAGGAGGAAAAUAGGGGCAUCGCAGCCCCGUAUGACCCCCUCAGGGAUAAGCUGCCCGUGAAGAAACCAAAAACCAGGACUCCGAGCCGCCAGCAAGGAUAG